UCGUGUUGAGUUUCCUCGUCCAACACAUUACAAACCUCUAAACCCAAAAUGUCUUCCCUAAGGCCAAUUUUCGCCAUACUCGUGGUGGUUACUUGUAUUUCAAGUUACCUAGUUGUAGCCCAAAACUGUGGCUGUGACACUGGUGUAUGUUGCAGCCAGUGGGGUUACUGCGGUAACGAUGAUGCCUAUUGCGGUGAAGGGUGCCGCGAAGGCCCUUGCUAUUCUACGAACCCGACAUCAGGUGGUGGUGGUGGUUCGAUAUCUGAUAUGGUGACUGAUGCCUUUUUUAAUGGAAUAAUUGAUCAAGCUAGCUCUAGCUGUGCGGGUAAAAACUUCUAUAGCAGGUCUGCUUUCUUGGAUGCUCUCAGUUUCUACCCCGAGUUCGGAACUGGAGGAUCCGGCGAUGAUACUAAGCGUGAAGUUGCUGCUUUCUUUGCUCAUGUCACCCAUGAAACUGGACAUUUUUGUUACAUUGAGGAGAUUGCAAAGGCAACUUAUUGUAAGGAAAGUACAGAUUGGCCCUGUAACCCAGAUAAGCAAUACUACGGCCGAGGACCAAUUCAGAUCACAUGGAACUACAAUUAUGGACCAGCUGGUCAAAGCAUUGGAUUUGAUGGUUUGAAUGCACCAGAAACAGUUGCUAACGAUCCAACUAUCGCCUUUAGGACAGCCUUUUGGUUUUGGAUGAACAAUGUACACUCCCUUAUCAUCUCCGGCCAAGGGUUCGGAUCCACCGUUCGAGCUAUCAACGGUGGAGAAUGUGGUGGGGGGAACACACCGGCAGUUGAUGCUCGUGUAGGGUACUACACUACAUAUUGUAACCAGCUUGGUGUUUCACCUGGUGACAACCUUUCAUGUUAAAUUAGUUAUAACAUUGCUUAAUAUGUGUAAACAAACUUUAUUAUAAUAACAAAAGAAAUAUGAAAACAUGAUAUGUAUAUGUAAACUCAGGGUUGAGUCAUGACAGUUUAAUUUUAUGUGUUGUUUCAUUGUAUCCUUUUUGAAUUGAUAAUAAAAAAGAAAUAUUAAUCAUUA